AUGGUAAUCAUAAAACUUACUCCAGGGGCUUUCAGCGCUGAUGUUAUCAUAUUCGUGAUAGUUUUGGUGAAAUCCGCAACGGCAGCCGUACCAGAUGAUGAACCUAAAGCAUUGCAUAAUGUAAUUAUUAGCACUCCGCUUAGAAAUGCCUUGCAGACGCAAAAACCAUACCCAGUGGCGGGCCAAGGAAACUGGACGGUUGCAUAUGAGUACGAAAACGAACCGGAACUACUUGGUGGAACAUUCGGCGGAGGAACAUUAAAGUUCAAGGGCGGUGCUGUACUUGGAGGAACUGUCGAAGAUGCCGCCGCAGCUGUUGACGAACUACUUCGACUUGGCGCUAUCGCUACGUCCGGUAAUGCACUACUGGAUCCAGUUUUCGGAAGACGUAACGUAGGCGGUGGUUUUGAAAAAUCGGGCAAUCCAGGGAGAGCGGGACCAGGCGAUGACUGA